AUGCGUCAGUUUAUCGGAUUACGCGCCAAGUCGUAUGCCUACGAUAUCGAGGGUGCCGUGAAUAUCAGAUCCAAGGGAGUCCAGGGACAUGUUAUUAGAAAUCACCUAACUUUCAACGAUCACAUGCGCUGUUUGUUCACCGACGACGAUGGUUCGGACGCGGAUGAUUAUCGUGAUAAAGAGUUCGACGCGUCAACGGGGAGGCUGAUAGCUUGA